ACUCUCUCUCUCUCUCCCCGGAAGUCUUCGACUUUUCCCCCUGUCUAAAAACAACACAAACCAAAGCCUAUAAUAAACUUCAUUAUUUCAUUCAAGCCUCUUCCAUUUGCAUGCUCUGCCUCGUCCUCUCUCUCUCUCUCUCUCUCUGUGAACGAGAAGAAACUGAUUUCACAAUUCACAGAAAAGCGAAAGAAUACCAACGUUCAUGGCAGUUGAAGCUCGGCAUAUGUAUCGAUUUCCUUCUCAGUCACUCACAAAUAGAGGUUUUAUCAAGCCUAAUCAAGGAAACGCCGAUAUAUACAGUGCCCAGAUGUAUUCUGGGCUGCCUUUGGCAGGCACAAUGCCUGAAGGGCUCCCACCUUUUACCCAAUCCGUAGAUUACAAUCUGGGUUCGGCUAAAACGUUCAUCAAUAAGGCUGAUAGCGGGCUCUCCUACAGUAUCCCUGAUCAUAGAAAGCGUCCCACGGAUUCGAUCAAUGAGCUCAGUGCUCUGACAGUCCCUCAAAAGAGAACCAAGUUAUCUGGGUUGCCAUCUUUUGUCGACCGGGACAUUAUCUUCCAGGCUCAACAACAACAACAAGGAGAGAUCGAUUGCUUCUUUGCCCAAUAUGCAGAAAAGUUAAGUUCGAAACUUGAGGAGCAAAAAAGAAUGUUGGUGUCGGCAUUCCAGGAAAACUUCACGAAGAAACUGAAAGAAAAGGAGGAAGAGAUUCAGAGAAUGGGAAAGCUGAAUUGGGCCCUUCAGGAAAGAGUGGAAAGCCUGUGGGUGGAGAACCAGAUUUGGAGGGACUUGGCGCAGACGAACGAGGCCAUGGCCAACAGUCUACGAAACGAUCUAGAGCAAGUGCUGGCGCACGUGAGCAAGGACAGCGACGCGGAGUCUAGCUGCGGCAGCAACGAUAUGGGGGGGCAGUGCGGUGCGGCGGAUGAAGGCGGAGAGGAGGCGGAGACGAUGAAGGAUAAGGCGGUGGUCGGCGGCGUCGGGGACAGAAUGUGUAGGCAGUGUAGGGUGAGGGAGUCGAGGGUGUUGUUACUACUGUGCAGGCAUCUAUGCCUCUGUACCACGUGCGGGUCCAAUCUCCGCAGUUGUCCAGUAUGUCAUUCUGUCAUCAAUGCUAGCGUGCAUGUGGAUUUCUCCUAGUGGGGAGAAAAAAAAAAAACUCAUUUAGGGUUUUGAAAAUACCUGU